AUGGACAAGACCAAGACCGCAUUACUGGGCAACAAAGAAUUCAUGCCACCGCCUUCCUCAUCGCCGCUGGCUAAGCGGCGAACCACGUGGAUGUUCAUUCGCACCAUAUUAUGGAAGAAUUGGAUGCUUAAACGGCGCCACCCUGUCGCUACAGUUAUGGAGAUCGCUCUACCGUGCAUCUUUAUCUUGCUUAUGGGUCAAUUAAAGUCUUUAGUCGAUGACGUUAACGUACCCGAAGGAUGGAGUGAUGACUCGACCUCCGCGAAUGACGACACGCAGGGUACGUCAUACAACCUGUUCGAGCCCUCUGGCACAUUCUUACCUGGAAUUCCUUCAAUUUUACCCAAAUUUACAAUGUACGAGACGUCGUUAUGGGGCAUUCUGCUAUACAUGGGUACUCUUUCUAUCACAGAUGGCAUGAACAUGGAAGAACUAUCGCGUAAAGAUUUUCAGAAUUGUACGACUGGUGUGACCGUACAAGGUUUCGUAGAUAUCAAUCCAACAUCACCGUAUGCUGUGCCUGCUGCCUGUAGGGGCAAAGUUGCUCCGUACAAAAUUGCUAUUGCCCCCGAUACAACAUUUACGAGAGACUAUUUUAUGCAGACCAUGGAAGAAUGGUAUCCACGAAUUAAUCUGCUAGAUAGCGAGACACCAAUCGCAAUCCCAUCAUUACUCGAGAGUGUACAGUUUUUUGACACUGAAAAAGCACUUGAAGAUUACGUGAGUGGUAAAGAUUAUGGGUCAAGUCUGGAGAAUCCUCACAUUUAUGGAGCUAUCGUCUUUAAUUCGUAUCCAGACGUUAACAAUAUUGGCUCGUAUCAAGACAUUGAGUAUACUGUACGAUUAAACUCAACCAGUCAAGAUCAAGAAUCCGCUGGCUCCAUUCCUCGAACAACAGGAGAUCCACCGGAGAUGUCACCUUUUCAAAAAUCCAUCAGUGUUACUUAUUAUCCAAGAUAUGCCAUCACAGGAUUCAUGACACUUCAGACAUUAGUCACAAAGUUUGUAUCAUGUAUGCCCGACUGGGACGCAGCGACUAAGACAACGACCGGAGAGUGUCAACGUGCUGAAACGACGGCAGUAGCGUCACCAGAACUGGAUGAUGCAUUGUUGUCGUCAUUGGAUAAUGAUGCAAUUAUAUCCACAACAGUUGAACGUAUCGCAGGAGGAGGUGUGACUUUUUCAAGCUUAAAAUCUUUACUUUCCAACGAAACGAUAGAGGCAUUGCUUGUACCGCUACGACAAGCGCCACAGCCGUAUCUUGGCGCGUCUGUAGCGCCUUUUCCCAUUGAUUCGUUCGUGAGCUCACCAUUUUAUGAUUCUGUCUCCACUGUCUUUCCAAUCGUGUUCAUCUUGUCGUACUUGUACUCAAUUUCUCGAAUUUUAGUGGUACUUAUUCAAGAAAAAGAGCUGCGAUUGCGAGAAUUUAUGAAGAUCCUUGGCGUUAGCGAGAGUGCUAUUGUCGUGUCGUGGUAUAUAACGUACAUACUUAUUCUUUCUGGAAGCGCGAUUCUUCAAGCUUUUGUGGGCUCAGCGAGUUUGUUCGCCAAUAGUUCUGCUGUGCUAAUCUUUCUGUUUUUCUUCCUCUUUAGUCUCAGCAUACUCGCGUACGGCUUUAUGAUUAGUACGAUCUUUAGCAAGGCACGAGUUGGAGCCUUUGUUGGAAUGGUGCUAUUCUUUCUCAUGUACUUUGUAUCCUCAGCACUUACUCCACAAACACCCGAGAAUGAAAAGACCCUGGCGUGUCUUCUCUCUCCAGUAGCACUAUCGCUUGGUGUCAAGGUCUUAUCGAAUCUUGAAGCAACUGGGACUGGCGUCAAUUUUUCAAAUGCGAGCGUUUUGAACGACAACUUUCGCUUUAGUCGUUCGUUGCUUAUGUUUGUGAUUGACACGAUUUUAUACACGCUUUUGGGACUCUACUUUGAAAAGGUCAUACCAAAAGAGUAUGGAACAACUUUGAAAUGGUACUUUCCGUUCUCUCCAUCGUACUGGCGCCCGACGUGUGCAGCAACUGAAGGGGCGAAUGCCAAAAUUGACGCAGAGUAUCCCGGAGAAGCUCUAUUGAACAGUACGUCCAUUGAUGUAAACUACAAUGUUGAGCCAGUGAGUCCAGAACUUUGCGAACAAGAACAUCAGGGUCAAGUCCUGGCUGUUCAGCGAUUACGAAAGGUCUUUUCCGUUCCUGGUGGUAAGAAGGUGGCGGUUCAAGGCUUGAAUCUGACCAUGUACAAGAAUCAGAUAACGUGCCUGCUUGGACACAAUGGUGCGGGCAAAACGACGCUUAUCUCGAUGCUCACAGGUAUGAUUGCUCCUACAAGUGGUGAUGCAACGUUCCGUGGAAUGUCGAUUUGCCGUGACAUGGACCUGAUACGUGAGUCUUUGGGUAUUUGUUUCCAGCAUGACGUUUUGUUCGAAGAACUGACAGUAGAAGAGCAUUUAAUAUUUUUUGGACGAAUAAAGGGAUACACACCCAAUGAGCUUGAUGAAGUUAUCACGCGGCAGAUUCGAGAAGUGGGACUAACGGAAAAACGACAUGUUAUGUCAACUGAACUCUCUGGUGGCAUGAAACGUAAGCUCUCUGUCGCUGUUUCUCUCCUUGGUGACAGCUCCUUGGUGUUUUUGGAUGAACCGACGUCUGGAAUGGAUCCAUACAGUCGACGAAGCACGUGGGAAAUUUUGCUUAACAACCGAAAUGACCGUGUUAUGGUACUCACGACGCACUUCAUGGACGAAGCUGAUAUUCUCGGUGAUCGCAUUGCCAUAAUGGCUGAAGGUGAGUUGCGUUGUUGCGGAUCGUCUUUGUUCUUAAAGAACCGGUUCGGCGCAGGCUACAACCUGACGCUAGUUAAGGACGAUGCGACGUGUGUGGACAAUGUAGUGAUCGAUUUUGUAACGUCGCGCGUGUCGAAUGCACAACUGUUGAGCAAUGUUGGCAGUGAAAUUGCGUUUCAGUUGCCACUUGCGGGCUCGUCGACGUUUGCGUCAUUGUUUGCCGACUUGGAUGAUGAACUUCAAGGGCUUGGACUGCUAUCAUACGGUGUUUCGGUGACAACGUUGGAGGAGGUGUUUAUUAAGGUGGCGGAGGCGGACGAUCUUGAUAAUCAGCAUACACUCGGGAAGCGUGGUCGAAGUCAAACACCCGUAUCUAGCCUCAGUGAUACAAAUGCUCGAAUUGAUUCAACGGGAUCGUAUUUUAUGGUCCACUUGUGGGCUCUCUUCCUUAAGCGAUUUCGCUAUGCCAAGCGUGACAAGAAAAUGAUUUUUUACAGUCUAGCACUUCCAAUCUUCCUUUUGUCUGUUGGCCUGGGGCUGCUUCAAAGCACUAGUGCUACCAAGAAUGAUCCAAAUCUGCCGUUAACGACUGAAAAGUUUGAUGCUGGAACGAAGACGCCGACUCCGUACUUUUGUCAGCCAACUACGGUCGACGAUGAUUGGUGCAGUGCAGCGAUGGAUUCGUACUUUACUGAUAUCUCCACUCAAGCCCUGAAGCUGUCAAAACCGGCAUACGACUCGAGCUCACCGACAGUCUUUGGUGUAACGUAUACGGACCCUGAAGUCAACACAACUGGUGCCACUGGUUACGGAUUACGACUCGGUCAAGAGAUUUACAAUCGGGGGUACGGUGUAAAUACGUCUACAGUUGAAGGUCAAUAUGGUGCCUACUUGGUCCGUGGAGAUAGCGACCAAAACAUAUUGAGUUACAAUCUUUUUGUCAAUACUACGUCGACUCAUGGUGCGAUUAUCUUCAAAGCAUUGAUGGACCAGACAAUCUAUCGCUUUUUUGCGUCUGAUUCAACUUUCGACGGUUCGAAUCUCAAUUUGGUUGUUAACAACCAUCCACUGCCUCUGACCGCCGACUCGAAGGCAUUGUUUGGGUCGUUUCUUGCGUUUACGGCCUGCUUGUUCAUCUGUAUUGCCUUUACGUACUACCCUGCGUCCAUCGUGACAUUCUUGGUAAAAGAGAAGCAGUCAACACACAACUCAAAGCAUCAACAACUGGUCUCGGGCGUAUCACUUGGCGCGUUUUGGUUAGCAAAUUUUCUCUGGGAUUUUCUGCUUUACCUCAUUCCGUGUGUAACAGCUCUUGGUUUAAUCAAAGCCUUUGACAUUGACGCAAUGACUGGUGGCUCAUCAUGUACCAGCUGCACGUCUGAGACGUUCGUGGCCGUCAUCGUCUUGUUCCUUUUGUUUGGGCUGGCCAUCUGUCCGUUCACGUACUGUUUGUCGUACCUUUUCAAUGAACAUGCAUCGUCUCAAACGUACACAAUCAUGAUCAAUUUUAUCACUGGCGUCGUGUUGAUGAUCGCAUCGUUUAUACUCGAUGUGAUUGAUUCGACCAGGGAUACGAACGCAAUGCUUGUGUUCGUCUGGCGCUUGUCACCACUCUUUGAUCUUGGCUACGGACUGCUAAACCUCGUGCUGCAUGAAAUCACAACAAUCCGAGAAAGUGAUGAGACGCCAACAAGUCCUUUUAGUACCCAAAUUAUGGGCUGGGAGAUGAUUUAUCUGUUUCUCACGGCCAUUUUGUAUGGCUUAUUGGCGGUGGGGAUCGACUAUGCAAUGACGUUUCCUAUGGUAAAAGACUGGAUGAGUGGCCGAAGUGAGACGAAUGACGAAGAGUACGAAGAUGAUGUUGAUGUGGAAAAGGAGGCACAACGUGUGGCAAGUGGUGAAGCAGACGGUGAUAUUAUCAAGCUUGCAAACCUUCGAAAGGUUUAUCGUGGAGGAAAAGUGGCGGUUCGCAACUUGUCAUUCGGGCUAAUGCAAGGAGAAUGCUUUGGAUUUCUUGGAAUAAACGGUGCUGGUAAGACGACAACGAUGAAGAUGCUGACAGGUGAUGAAUUACCGACGAGCGGUACGGCGACACUUGGUGGCUUUGAUAUCCUCACACAACAAAUUGAAGUUCGUCGUCAAAUUGGAUAUUGUCCACAAUUUGAUGCGUUGUUUGAGCUGCUGACAGUGCGUGAGCAUCUAGAGCUGUUUGCAUCGAUUAAAGGCAUUUCUCGUGCUCAGCUCAACGACGUGGUACAAGACAAAAUUAACCAGCUAAAUUUGGGCGAUUUUGAACAUAAACUUGCUGGUAGUUUGAGUGGAGGCAACAAACGCAAAUUGUCGGUAGCCAUUGCAAUGAUUGGCAAUCCUCGUAUCAUCUUUCUAGACGAACCAUCGACGGGAAUGGAUCCAGUAUCACGUCGUUUUAUGUGGGACGUAAUCGCUGAUAUUUCCACCCGUGGUAAGAAAUCUACAAUCGUUUUGACGACGCAUAGUAUGGAAGAGUCGGAAGCUUUGUGUUCUCGAGUGGGCAUUAUGGUUGGUGGUCGGCUGCGCUGUCUAGGUAGCGUCCAGCAUUUGAAGUCUCGUUUUGGCGACGGUUUGGUCUUUGACGUCAAACUUUGUCCUCCGACUCAGGAAGAGCUAGACGAAUUGGUGCAGCGGUACUUUAGAGAUGUCCAAGAGACCGUCACGCGUGCGGAUCUUGCAGACAAGUGCAGAUUAUAUGGAGAUGAGAGGCUGGCUGAGCGUGUAGUGGCUUCACACCCAACAGGAUAUGGACUUGCAGCCGUGUUGGAACGGGACGGCUACGUUCGUGCAGAAGCAUUUCUGUCAUGGUGUCUGGAGGAAAGUCGAUUCGAUACACUUUCAACAUUUCUCAGUUGUUCGUUCAGCCACGGUGGUGUGACGGUAAUGGAGCGUCAAAAUGAUUUCUGUCGGUUUAAAUUGCGCGGCUCGAACGAGGAGUUACGCUUAUCAAAAGUUUUUGCACUUGUCGAAGAAAUUAAAGAGGAGAUGCAUAUUCGCGAGUACAGCGUGUCACAAACAUCCUUAGAGCAGAUUUUUAACUACUUUGCGUCUCAGCAGGCUGAAGAACAAGGUGUAGCACGUGGCUUUCAGCAAACAUGA